GGUGUUGAUUGCACAUCUACUUGCAUGCAUAGCAGAUCGAAAACGAAAACCCAAACUUUUGAGUUAUGCCCCUCCUUCAGGCCCACGAGCCGACCGCUGAAGCGGCAUGGUCUUGUGAGGUAUCCGCAGCUGGCCCGGCUUGUUGCUCCAAGCGCUUACAGCUGCUCCGGCUCUCGCCCAGCAGUAGGCCCUCGUCCUGCUCGGCUCGACUGCGCUUCCCUCGCAGCGAACUCGGGUUCAGCUGGUAGAGCGAGCUGCUCGCAGCUGCCCACUCCGGAACGUUCCUUGCAUCCUUAAGCGCAGAUAUAUCUACAACCAUUCACUUCUUAUCCUUUAGUAGUCCUUAAUCAACCAGAGCUAAGUCCAGGUCGACCCGGCUUUGGCACGCCGCGCCAUCGUCCGGCCCGCCCGUGCGCGCGGGCCCGCAGGCGCCUGCUGGCCCUAGAACGCCUCUUGCUGAGGCUCUUAAGGACUCAGGCAGGGGCAUGGCAUCGCUAACCAAGCGGCUGAUGGGCGGCUGGACGGAGCUGCACGGAGCUGCAGCCAAUGGCGACCUGCAGCGGGUGCGGGCCCUGGUCCUCAAGAGCCCCGCCGACAUCGACAAGGUCAACAAGGAGCGGCAGACGGCUCUGAUGCUGGCUGCCGGGGGGGGCUGGGACGCGGUGGUGGGGGAGCUGCUGGACAGACACGCCGACUGCUGCGCGCAGGACGAGGCGGGCCGCACAGCGCUGCACCACGCCGCGGCGGCGGGCAAGGCGGUGGCGGUGACGGCGCUGCUGGGGCCGCGCAACACCAGCCCGCCCGCGGACCGCGCCAAACUGCUGGCGCUGCGGGACCGGGAGGGGCGGGACGCGCUGGCGGCGGCGGUGGCGGCGGGCUGGGUCGCCACAGCGGAGGCCAUCAUACGGGGUGGCGGCGACGCGGCGCGCAGCAGCGGCGACGCGUCCGGCUGCGGCCUGUUGCACCUGGCUGUGGCGUGCGGCCACACCCACAUGCUGCCGCUGCUGCUACCCGCAUGCGGCGGCGCCGCCGCACUGGAGCGUCGCCACCCAGCCACCGGCGGCACGCCCCUGCACACCGCCGCCGCCGCCGGCGCGCUGCCGGCCGUGGAGUGGCUGCUGGGCGCGGGCGCCAGCACCACCACACGCGACAACGCCGGACGCACAGCGGCGGAGGCGGCGCUGGCGGCGGGGCAGCACGCGGCGUGCCGGGCCAUCCGCGGCAGCAGCAGCAACAGCAGCGGCAAGGCGACAGCGGGGUUAGGAGCCAGCGGCGGAGGCGCAGGCGCAGGCGGAGGCGGGGUUGGGGUGGUCGGUGCGGGUUCGCUGCCCCCGGCGGCGGCGGGCACGGGCGCGUCCAGCCAUUCGCUGUAUGGCCCGGUGCCGGGGACUGGGAGUGGGAGCGGGGGUGGUGGGCUGCAGCCGGCGGCAGGGGCGGCGGGAGCAGGGCACCCUGCCCCCGCCGCGGCAGCAGGCUCCCUGCAGCCGCCCUUGCCAGCCCUGCAGCCGCAGCAGUACCCGCAGCAGUACCCGCAGCAGUACCCGCAGCAACAGCGGCUGCCCGCCUCGGCCGUGCCCUGGGCGCAGCCGCCAACGCCCUCAGCAGCGGCCAGCAGCUCGGCGCACUCGCUGGCGCCCCACGGCACCGCGGCGGCGCCGCCUCACGCGACGCAGCCCCAGGCCGCCCCCGCCACCUAUCCAUACACCGUCCCCGCAUCCCAGCAGCCCCAACAGCCCCAGCAGCUGCAGCAGCCGCAGGCCGCCGCGUCUGGGCCGGGUGCGGGACGGAUGCAAAUCCCGAGUGAGCCGCCGCCGUCUGCCUACUACCCCACCCCGCCGCCCGGAGCUGGCGUGUACUACUAGCUGCGCAUCGUGAAGCGGAUGGGCAGCCCUUGCGUCAAAGGAAACAUGACGGGCGCACACGAUGCAUGUGUGUGUGUCGUGUGUGCAUGAUUCAUUAGCCGACCGCCGCAGGAGUGCAGGAGUGCGUGUAAUAUGUGUGGCGUUAGGCAGGAGUGGUGGCAGGCCAGCGGCCCAACAUAGCUUCCCAGGAAGACUGUCAGACAUUUUGCCGUUGAGUGUCGUGUAUGGAUAGGAGGCGUCCCAGCAUUCCUGCAUGCGUUCCCGGUCGUGGGAUGCAAGGCGGCGGCGACGGCCCUGCUGCCCCGCCCGCUGCGGCGUGUGCCGGUGGUGGCUGGGCGAUGCAUGCCCUGGCGGCGGUGCCAGGACUCAGCAGGACAACGCGGGUGCGAGUUGGCCUCCGGCUGUUGGUGACAGAGGGCGUUGAUGGAUGUUGGGCCCUUGUUUACAGUUGGAAGGUGGGCGGCACCGUUUCGGCUUCCAUGCGCAACUGCCAUACAGUGUUGUAGAGGUUGUUGCAUUCACGUGCAGAUGCAUGGACUGUUGCGAUGCGGCGCAGCGGGCCAAACUGCAAGCCUGCAAGCCAGCGCCCAUCCCAGCGUAUGCCGUACCCGGCGGACCCCCGUUUCCUGUGCACAGCCCCCGAACAUUCUCAUCCCCCAAAGUGUCAAAAGGUCCGUUGCCCCCCUCUUGUCACUCAAAUGAACACAAUAUGUAUACGGUAAUACGGUAGGUGCUGGACUGCUGGUUCACAUUCCACCGUACGGUACUGGACGCAUCCACUCACCAAACGGCAAGGGACAGUCCCCCGCGGCUGCAGCCCUGCAGCCCAGGGGGCCGCCACGAACAAACGGCACGCUCCGGGCACGAAACCCUGACGGCCUAGACCCCUCCCUUUCUCUGGCGGACGACUGCCCAAUAAUGCACGAGAUAAACGAAAUCGAAUUGUCAUAUAGUGAAACCGAUUGUCCAUCCAACUACCACAACGCCAAAAACAGCUGCUGUAUGUUAUGUGUCACACACACACAUGACGACGAAUGAACAACCCGCCAUGGCUGGCUCAACCCCACGUGGCUAGCUAAACCCCUGAACUGCCGUGCCUAGCUACAAGUCCACGCCCAUGUAGGCCAACCAGCCGCCUAUGCCCGCCGCCAACGCACCCACCGCCCCCAGCAGCACACCCGGCCGCCGCGCGGGGGGGCAGAUGUCCACCACCUGCACGUGUGGAUUGGAGUGGAGUGUCGUGAAUUGGAUUGGAGUGGAGGGGGUUCCCAAGUAGGCGUGAGUGGGCAUGCUUGCGUGUGUGAGCACGGCACGGGGUGGAGUAGAUGGGGGAUUCCAGGCAUGACUGGUGGAGGGUGCGAUGUGAGCUGGGGGCG